GGUUGCUGUAUUGAGACCAAAUAAAUUAAAAAAAAAACGUCCAAUUUAACUUCAUUUCCAAAAUUGUUAAAUCUAUCUCCAUUUGUUUCCCCUCUCCUGCUUCGAUCUAACCCUUCGAGCCUGCCACAAUCAUUCCAUCUCUUCCCUGCUCAUCUUCCCUGCAUACACUUCCUAGAAGUUCAGAUUCGUUAAGAUAUGAUCUUCCAGGAAGAAGCGAUCGAAAUAAAAACCAGCAAGCACCAAAAUGAAAUAGUGGGCAACCACAACAGCAAUGAAGGUUAUAAUGAUAACAAUCCAGGAGAGUGGCUGAAUCUGAGACUAGGUGGAAAUUCACCCUCAACAGCAGGAGAUUAUGACUCGCAAACAAGACCUACUUCUAGCAAGGUUUUCUCAUGUAACUUCUGUAGAAGGAAGUUCUUCAGUUCACAGGCACUUGGGGGUCAUCAGAACGCCCACAAGAGAGAGAGGGGUGCGGCCAGAAGAUACCACUCCCAGAGGAUGAUGACAAUGAUGGGCUUGCCUAUCAAUUCUCCAAUGGCUAGAUCACUUGGGGUCAGGCCCCAUGCCCUUGUGCACAAGCCAACCAGAGAUGGAACUUCUAGUGGAGGGAGAUUUAAUGAAGCCAAUCCAGGAUUUGUUAUGUCAUGGAUGCCCUUCGCACUUGAUGAUACAACGGAUUUGACAUGGCCAGGCAGUUUUCGCUUGGAUUCUCAGCUACCAGAGACAUCAUCGGAGUCGCUCAAGCUUGACUUGAACCUCCGACUCUAAUCAACCCCCCCUGCUGUGGUUCCCAAUUUUCUUCACAGGGAACAGUUUUUGAAGUGCCAUCUAAUACAGAAACUAAUACAGGUGGGCAACCAACCCUUUGAAAUGUUAAAAAUCAUACCAAUUCUGCUUGGUCAAACUAGAAGAAAAAUGGAAAAUGCCCUACCAUGUAUGCUCGUCAUGUCCAAGAAACAUAGGAAAUCCCCAUCCCCCUCUUUAGUUCAAUUUCUGGAAAAAAUAAAUGCCCGGAACCAUAUUUAUAUGGCACCUAACAUAUAGCGGCUCUUUAGAUCCUUAUCAACCUCCAUUUUCAAGCCAUUGUACAUUUCUUUUUAGAGUGAUAAUAAUAUUUGUUUUUUUUUUUUUGCAAUAAUUAUACCAUUUUACACCUUCAGUA